AUGCAUCACCGAAAACAGAAAAGCAGCGCGAAUACAUUUGGAGCGCUCGGCAAAUCGGUUGCAAGAAAAGAAAACGGAAUGGAGACGAUGGCAAAACUAAGGUAUCUUAACAAGAAACCGCUUUGUCUACAGUAUAACUUUGCCAGUUCUUCCAAUUAUGCACGAAAGUAUUCGCCUCACGCAAAAAGAAGAGAGCAGUCGUUUUUGGUUGUCAUACUUCACGGUUUGUGCCGGUUAGUCCAAUGGGCAGCUAAAAAUCUUCAAAAGGCAACUGUCGAUUUUCUAGUCAAACCCGCUCAUGAGUUGUACCCAGUUCAAAAUCCAAAUGCUCUUAACAAUUUCAUUCAAAACGAAACUCGUCAGCAAUUAAAGCGAAAACCUCAAAAACGAACAUCAUUCCGGCGAUCAGAUUUAGCACGAAUGAUGAGUAGCAUAGAUUAUCGAUAG